CCCCGACCGAGGCCCUCUUCUUGGCCUUUCUUUCGCGUCUGUACCGACCGCCCUAAUCCCCGAGUAGCCUUGGGUCCCUCGCAACAUCGCUCCUGCUCUUUGCUUGCCGCCGGUCCUUUGCACCCCAAAUCCAUCGCGACUGCCGCUCCUCCUACGAAGCUGCCCUCUGCCGCUACCUGCAUACGUCAAGUCGCGCCCACAUCACCUCCCGCACCCGUCCACCGUCCGUCCUCCUCCCACAUCUCUCUCAAACAUCCCCCUGCACCCAUUUCAUCAUUAAUCCCGCACCCAUCCCAUCUCUCUUUGGCAGCCCGCAUACAUCAUGGGCAACCAGCAGUCCAGCGGCAAGAAGGACAAAGGCGACAAGGCCAAUGUCGAUGGCGUCAGUCUAGAGCGAGAAAACUACCGCUCUUUUGAUAGGACAGAUACCAGGGAAUCCACUCGCUCCAUUCGCAAUUCCAUCCGCUCCAAGAUUCCCGUAGGGAACAAGACGGACAGCCCGCGCAACUCGGUCUCCAAUGUGGCUGACACAAAUGGCAAGGUGGACAAGUCGGACGCUGCUUCGACGAGAUCUGCAAAUAGCAAAGCAGGUCCUCGAUCCCACCGAGACUCGACCGCUUCCGCGCAAGAAGCCGGCAUCGAGGCUGCUUCCAAGGCCGAUGGCGCCCCAGACAGCCCGCAACCUCCGCCGUCGCCCGUGCAUGGUGCCACGCUCGGAACCGGCCAUUCCGCCGUCAACAAAGCCCAGCGCACUGGCGAGGUCGACCAUGUCUCGGAUGCGCCUCCCAGCGGAAUGCCUCUGCCGGCGGCUAGUGCCCAGCCGGGAGAGCCCAUUCUGCAAAGAAAGGACCAGCCCAUACCCAGAAUCGAGCAGCCAUCCGCAUCGGGCGAUGGCGCUGGCUCGCCCAUGGAGAUCAGCGCGCUGAAGACGAUAGAUUUGGACGACAUGAUCCAGCGCCUGCUGGAUGCCGCUUACACGGGCAAGGUCACCAAAACGGUGUGCCUUAAGAACGCAGAGAUCACGGCGAUUUGCGCCGCUGCCCGCGAAGUCUUCUUGACACAGCCGGCCCUCCUCGAGCUGGCUGCGCCAGUCAAAAUCGUGGGUGACGUCCACGGACAGUACACCGACCUGAUCCGCAUGUUCGAAAUGUGCGGCUUCCCACCAAACUCCAACUACCUGUUCCUCGGCGACUAUGUCGACCGCGGCAAGCAGAGUCUGGAGACUAUAUUGCUAUUGCUGUGCUAUAAACUCAAGUUUCCCGAGAACUUUUUCCUCUUGCGCGGGAACCACGAAUGCGCCAAUGUCACGCGAGUCUACGGAUUCUACGAUGAAUGCAAGAGAAGGUGCAACAUCAAAGUGUGGAAAUCGUUCGUGGACACGUUCAACUGCCUACCCAUCGCAGCCAUUGUGGCCCAGAAAAUUUUCUGCGUCCACGGAGGAUUGUCGCCAAGCUUAUCCCACAUGGAUGACAUCCGACAAAUCGCACGACCCACCGACGUCCCCGAUUACGGCUUGCUGAAUGACCUUCUGUGGAGCGACCCUGCCGACAUGGAGAACGACUGGGAGUCGAACGAACGCGGCGUGAGUUACUGCUUCGGGAAGAAGGUCAUUAUGGAAUUCCUACAGAGACAUGAUUUCGACUUGGUUUGCCGGGCGCACAUGGUUGUGGAAGAUGGAUACGAAUUCUUCACCGAUCGCAUACUGGUGACUGUGUUUUCAGCACCAAACUACUGCGGGGAGUUUGACAAUUGGGGCGCUGUCAUGUCUGUAUCCGGCGAAUUGCUGUGCAGUUUCGAGCUCCUCAAGCCGCUGGAUUCCAGUGCUCUGAAGCAGCACAUCAAGAAGAGCAGAAACAAACGCCAAAGCAUGCUCAAUUCACCGCCAGCUGCACAAUACCCCCAGAGUUACUAA